ACACCUCAUCUUUUCUCCUUUCAACACAUCUCUCUCAUUUAAUAAUAAUAAUAAUAUUAUUCUUUCAAACACUUUUUCAAAUAAAUAAAUAAAUAAUAAAAUUAUUUCUGGUUUCCAUUCCAUCUGGUUCUUUUGACACUCAUCACCACCACCACCACUCUGUUCUUCCUCUUCCCAACCGCUGUUAUAUUCAAUUUCAAUCACUGGUUCAAAAUUCUCCACAGAUUGUGAGAGGCUUUGAUCCAUUGUAAUUGAUGCUAUUGUUUCUGUGUGAGUUCUUAAAUUAUAACUGGAUCCUAUGCAUGGUGAAGUGAAUCUUGCAUGGAGGCAUUGUUGAAGUUAUUUGGUGGAACUCUGAAUUCAAUAACUAGUAAAUGCAUGGUUUUGCUUGUUACUCUUUUGAUUUUUAGAGUGUUUCUUUUCCCUGAUUUUGAUGGAAUUGAAUGGAGAAAUCUUGUAUACCACUCUCCGUCGACGAGUUCUUUCGAAUUUGGGAUUCGGGAGUUCAGGUUUUUGGUAGUUCCUCAGCUUGUUUGGGGAUUAAACAACCAGAAAAUCGCAUUCGCUAGGGCUUGUCUUACUGCUAGAAUGUUGAAUAGAACCCUUUUGAUGCCUAGCUUUAGUGCAUCCCUUUUUUACAAGGAAGUCGAUCUGUUGCAGCCGAUUUCUUUCGAUAAAGUAUUCCAAUUCGAAAAGUUUAAUGCACUUUGCAGUGGUUUUGUUCGGUUAGGUCGGUAUUCGGAUGUCUUGAAUAGAACUCGAGUGCUUGAAAUGACGAAAGGGAGUGGAAGGAAGUGGACAUUGGAGAGAGAUUUGUCACAAUUGAAAGAGUAUAGUAAAGGCUCUUAUGAUGACUAUGAGGUCAUUGAAAUUUUAGGUAAAAACCCUUUCUUAUGGCAUGAUCAUUGGCCUUUGAAGGACUAUGCAAAGGUUUUCGAGUGCUUGGUUUUGAUCGAUGAGUUUCGUAAUGAAGCAGAAAGGGUUGUUUCUAGGAUUAGGGAAGUCGGAAACAAUGAAUCAAUGGAACCGCAACAAGAUAGGUCCUCAUUUCAGCCUCUUCCAUAUGUUGCGGUUCACAUGAGGAUCGAAAUUGAUUGGAUCAUUCACUGCAAAAAGUUAGAGCAGAGAUUGAACACAAAUCAAAUAUGCAGCAGCAAGAAAGAGAUAGUGGAAAGAGUUAGAAACAUUGUAAUCGGUUUGAAAAAAACUCCGAUUGUUGUUUAUCUCGCGGUAGCCGAUAAACUCCUCAACGAUUCUUCCAUAUUGGAAGACUGGAGAGAAGGCAUUCUUCCUUACGAGAAGAAGAAACUCGGCGUUGAGGGAAUCUAUAACAAAUAUCCAUAUCUGAUUCAAUCUGCGAUCGACUAUGAAGUUUGUUUACAGGCUGAUAUCUUUGUUGGAAACAGUUUCUCUACAUUUUCAAGUCUUAUAGUUCUUGAAAGAACACAUAAAAUGAUCAAAACGAGUGUCGAAAGCGAGUGCGGAACCGAUGUAAGAUGGCCUUCUUAUGCAUAUAACAUACAAGGAGAAUCAAAUGGUGCAAUGAGAUGGAUUACAAAUAUGUCUGAAUCAAGUCUUCAAACAAUAAGCUAUGGAACUGAUAGAAUCUAUGAUUGCAAGGGUCAUAUUUAAUCUUCUGCAUAUUCUGGUGUUUGAUUAACACAAAAUGUAUAACAUAUUUCCAAUCGCUGAAAAUAGAAUCGAUUUUUCGAUCA